GACGCGUCGCGCGCUUUAAGAACCGGAGCACGAGCCUGCAUACCGGCACAGCCGUGGCACCAUGAGCGCGUGCCGCCAACACAAGUCAGUUAACUAACAAACACCAACAACACAGAGAUCCCUACAGCAUACGAUGGAACCCAACAUCUGUCUACGGACGAGUUCAUCUGAUGUCGGCUCGGGAUUCGGAUUUACCGAUUCGGCUUUACUCUCUCUCUGAGGACACUGUAUUUAUUAUUGAUCAGUAGCUGAUGGAUUUUAAUCUGAUAUUCUAAAGCACGAGCUGCUGGAUUACUUGCUGUUUUUUAUUUCUUUUAUUUUUUUGCAUUAUUUUGGAAAUAAGCUCAAAAAGAAGAUGUAUGGAAUUAACCAGCGCUGUUUUUACUUAUCUUUUCACUUCUUCGUGGUCUGGUGCCAAGCACAGGGGGAGAAUGAGCCUUCUCCUGAUUUUAAGCAGCACGUGAGGGAGCAGGGCGCGCAGACGGACGAACUCAGCCGGCGGCAGGUGCGCGUCUACCAGCUGUACAGCCGCACCAGCGGGCGCCACGUGCAGAUCCAGGGCAAGCGCGUGAGCGCCACCGCGGAGGACGGCAACACCUUCGCCAGGCUGUAUGUGGAGACAGACACCUUCGGCAGUCGGGUUCGGAUCAAAGGAGCCGAGAGCGGACGGUAUCUCUGUAUGAACCGGAGAGGAAAGCUGGUGGGCAAGGCCAACGGCAGAGGCAGGGACUGCAUCUUCACCGAGAUCGUCCUGGAGAACAACUACACAGCCUUCCAAAAUGCCAAAUAUGAUGGCUGGUACGUAGCCUUCACUCGGAAAGGGAGACCCAUCAAAGCCUCUAAAACCAGAGAGAAUCAAAGGGAAGUCCACUUCAUCAAGCGGCUCCACAAAGGUCCACUUCCCUUCCCCAACUCGGACCGAACAAAACACUUUGAGUUCAUUAGCUUCCCUCCAAUCCGGAGAGCCAAACGCAACAGGAAAUCGCACACGGCUUCCUAACGCUGAGCCCCACAGACCCACAGGACAGAUUUUUACCUUUUUUUUUUUCAGAAGAGGAAGCUAUAUUUUUGAUAUUUUCAUAGUUAACGGAUAUAAAAAUGCCCAAGAAAAUAGAGACGACUCAUUAUAAAGGGGUGACUUGUACAUACGAGAGAUGAUGUAUAUAUUUAAUAAGCUCGGAAUGUUUGUGUGAGUUGUGUGAGCGCUUUGUCAAGAGAUG